CAGUUGCGGCCGGAGCGGCGCGGCGGCGGUCGCUUGGCAGCGGCGGAAGGCUAAGGGGUGGCGGGUUGUGGCCGGGGAUGCUCCGGCGGGUUGGAGGGCCCCCGCCAUGCAGCCUGCCGAGAUCCAGUUCGCCCAGCGGCUGGCGUCCCACGAGAAGGGCAUCCGGGACCGGGCGGUGAAGAAGCUGCGCCAGUACAUCAGCGUGAAGACGCAGCGGGAGACAGGAGGUUUCAGUCAAGAAGAACUUCUAAAAAUAUGGAAAGGACUCUUCUAUUGCAUGUGGGUGCAGGACGAACCCCUUCUGCAGGAGGAGCUAGCGAACACGAUUUCCCAGCUCAUCCAUGCUGUUAACAACUCCGAGGCUCAGCACCUGUUCAUUCAGACCUUUUGGCAAACCAUUAACCGAGAGUGGAAAGGGAUCGACAGGCUGCGCCUGGACAAGUACUACAUGCUGAUCCGUCUGGUCCUGAGGGAGUCCUUUGAAGUCCUGAAGCAGAAUGGCUGGGAGGAAAGCCAAAUCAAGCUUUUCCUCGAUGUCUUGAUGAAGGAAGUCCUGCACCCUGAGAGUCAGUCUCCAAAUGGGGUGAAAUUCCACUUCAUUGAUAUUUAUCUGGACGAACUAUCCAAAGUCGGAGGGAAAGAGCUUUUAGCAGAUCAGAAUCUCAAGUUUAUUGAUCCAUUCUGCAAAAUUGCUGCCAAGACUAAGGACCAUACACUGGUGCAGACUAUAGCUAGGGGUGUUUUUGAAGUCAUUGUAGAUCAGUCUCCUUUUGUACCUGAAGAGACGGUGGAAGAACAGAAAACUACAGUGGGUGACAGCAACCUCCCUGAAGAAGAGAGAGCUGAAAAUGAGGUGACAUGGAGAAAAACAUUCAGUAAAAAGAAGACAGCACUGGGCAAAUAUCACUCCAGAAAGGAAGGAAUCAGUGAUGAAGGUGAGACAGACGGUGGUGGAAGCAUGGAAGACACUGGGCCACUUCUCCAGUUUGACUAUAAGGCUGUUGCGGACAGACUCCUGGAAAUAACCAACAGGAAAAACAUCCCUCCCUUCAACAGGAAACGUCUCUGCAAGCUAAUCAAGAAAUUCCAAGAUCUCUCUGAAGGCAGUAUGUCUCAACUCGGUUUUGCUGAGGACAUUUCUGCUGAUGAAGAUGACCAAACCCUCAGUCAAGGAAGGCAUAAGAAAAAAGGAAAUAAGCUUUUAGAGAAAACCGACAUGGACAAAGGUGAAGGAAACAGGUUCUUUCUUGCUGAGGAAGAGGAGAGUAAAGCUGGUGUUCACAAGAGGAAAAGGAAAAAGAAGAAGAACCACCUUCAACCUGAACACUUAGGGUCAGGGGUCAAAGCCAUUCCCCCAGAACAGAAUGGGGACCCAGAACAGAACGGGGACCAUGAGCCAGAGGCAGGUCCAGGAAAAGCCCAGAAGCUGGGUGGGAUUGCGCUAGGGGCAGGGGUUUUGCCCAGCCCCCAGGGGCAGAGCAGCUCGGAGCACCCCCUCGUGCAUCCUCCCACGCACAGCAGGAGGAAACGACCAAGGAAGAGGAGCCCGCGGUGCCAGUUGCUGGUCGCCGAGUCCACAGUGUCACCUCUGGAGGACUUGUGUCAAGGUGGCCCCGACAGUGGUUAUGCUGUGGUGCCUGUCCCCCAGGCUUCCCCAGUCAGUGGAGCCCCAGCCCUGAAGAGGAAGCGGAAACUCAGGGCUCCCCUGGCCAACGGCAGCCCGCCCACGCUGGCCUGGCCCCCGCCCCAGGAGGAAGGCCCUGCGGCCAGCCCAGCAGACGGAGGGGAUUGCCCAGCCACACUGCCCCCAGGUGGGAGACUGAAGAAAAAGAAGGGGGAGCCCAGCCGUCUUGACCUCUACAACCCGUCCACUCAAAAAACUGCCAUCUUCAAAAAGAGGAAGAAAAUGAGAGAGAUGCUGAACUUGGUUGAACACAGCAGAGGACUGGAAUCCGAACUGAAGCUCGUCCAGGCUCUGGGGAGCAGUGGAGCUUUCAGCCCUUUGAAGAAGAAGAAGCUGAGGACGGAGAAUGACUUUGUGAAGUUUGACACCCCCUUCUUACCAAAGCCCCUGUUCUUCAGAAAAGCUAAAAGCAGCACCGCCACCCCUGUGGCCCCUGCUAUGCAACUCAACAAAGCACCGUCCAGCUCCAAGAAGGUCACCUUCGGGUUGAACAGAAACAUGACUGCGGAAUUCAAGAAGACAGACAAGAGCAUCUUAGUCAGCCCCACAGGCCCCUCCCGAGUGGCCUUCAACCCUGAGCAGAGGCCCCUCCACGGAGUGCUGAAGACCCCCACCAGCUCCCCUGCCAGCACCCCCCCGGGGACCAAGAAGCCGCUGACUGCCACCCCAAAGAGAAGGCCAACAGCUAUGGACUUCUUCUAAUAGUAGCAGAGUCCCUUUGUAAAAACUGCUUUUGUACAGAAUACUCUAUAAAUUAUAACUUUUAAAAGGU